CCGCGACGUGACUCGGAAUUUAUUUAGUGUCGGAACAUCGAGCGUCGAACGUAAUUUAAAAAAAAAGAAAUCCAUUCGGUGACUAGUUUUUCUUCGAGGUCAUGGCUGUCCCCGGGAAACUUCACAUGUGCUUGUUGCUGAUGUGGAGUAUAUGCCCUGAUGCCAAGACACAACGAGAAGGAAGUCCCUGCGACCUAGAAACUGGCGAACCUGGGGAGUGUAAAUUGCUGAAAAACUGUCCUCCGAGGAUCGCUGAAGUUCGCCAGGGCAGGAGGCAAGCGGAUUCACCGAGAUGUGGGUGGGACAAAUUCGAGGAAAUCGUGUGUUGUCCCACCAAAAUUCAGGAAAAAAUUGGAAUUCGCCCGGCUGAUUUAGCUUGUCAACAAUACGAAAACGACAUUUUCCAAGUGGUGACACCCAGCAUCACGGCUGGCAUCGAGGCGAAUUCCAGAGAGCUACCUUACAUGGCAGCCCUGGGGUACAUCGACAAAGAUAAAUUACCUGAAAAAGAGGUAAUUUACGGCUGCGGCGGUACUAUAAUCGCCCCCACGUACGUCCUGACUGCUGCCCACUGCGUCGAGAAUUUCCAGAAUCGUGUUCCCAUUUUGGUACGAGUUGGGGCUGAGUCCCUCGACCCCAAAGCAGCGGGUGCUCAGUUCAUAAGGAUAAAGAGUAUAAUACAACACCCUUGGUACAGACGCAGUCAAAUUUACAAUGACAUUGCUCUCCUCAAGUUGUCAAAUCCCUUCAAAUGGUCAACAACUGUCAAGCCAAUUUGCCUCCAUUCAAAAUCAAUCAGCGAGGCUGACAUCAACGCAAAUGUCUCGAUUUUCGUUGCCGGAUGGGGUGACACCGAUUUCAAUGGGGAGAGGUCCGAUAAAUUGAUGAGAACACCGAGUCUCAAUCUGGUGCCACUGACAAAGUGCUCAGAGUCGUAUCCAAGAAGCCGGCGAAUUCCCCGGGGUCUCAACGACACUGUCAUCUGCGCUGUGGAUGGGGAUCAAACGAGAAGAGCUGACUCCUGCCACGGGGACAGUGGAGGACCUCUUCUGAUGCUCGACACCCAGAGUGACACCAUAAUCGGCAUCACCUCCUUCGGCCAGACCUGCGGAAGCACAGCACCUGCAGGGUACACCUCAGUCUUCAAAUAUCUCGACUGGAUCGAGCAGAAUGUCUGGCCUGACACACAAAGUCGAUCUGCCACUGACUGAAAUCAAUUAUAAUCAAUGCAAUUGCUCUAAUAUCUACUUGGAAGCCUGAAUCACCUGAAAACUGAAGAUUUUUUCCAAUUUUGGAAGAAAUUCCACUGAAAUUUAUUGGAAACUCUACAAUUGUGACCUUUUUAGUGGAAUACGAUUGAAAUUAACUGGAAACUGAAGAUUUAUUCCACUUUUUGGUACAUAAAUUAGUUUCGUAGCUAAAGCAUUCUGUUGAGCCGAGUAAUAUUUAUA